CACCCCUUUUUCGUUCUUUUGGGGAACAGCGAACGCAAGAGAGACGGACAGAAUAGCUUGUUGUGUGACGUCACUGCCCUCCCUCCCCUCCUGAGAUGCAGACCAAUUGACGAAUACGCCGAAACUCCUCCCCCCCAGUGACCUCACAGCUCCUCUCUGUCCGUCUCUCCCGCCACUCUAGGGACGGCAUCCAAUCAAGGGCGGGGAUGGCGACAGAGCCGUCUCUCGGCCCUCCGUGACGUCGUGGCCCCGCCCCCAAGCCGCCCCCUGAGGCGCUUGGCAGCGGGCAACGAAAGAAGCAGCAGCGAAGCCCAUUUUCGUGUCCCUUCCUCCCCAUUCAGCGGCUGGUGCUCUCGCGCGCUGUGCUCGCGGUUUGUUUCUUCCCUCCCCCUUAUUUCUCAGCCACCAGGCGACAUGGAAAGUGCGGCGGUGGGAGCCGAGUUCAACAUCCUCCUCGCGACCGACUCCUACAAGGUGACACAUUAUAAACAAUAUCCACCCAAUACAAGCAAAGUUUAUUCCUACUUUGAAUGUCGUGAAAAGAAGACAGAGAACUCUAAAUUCAGGAAGGUGAAAUAUGAGGAGACUGUUUUUUACGGGUUGCAGUAUAUUCUUAAUAAAUACUUAAAAGGCAAAGUGGUAACCAAAGAGAAAAUUCAGGAAGCCAAAGAAGUAUACAAGGAACACUUUCAAGAUGAUGUCUUCAAUGAAACCGGGUGGAACUACAUUCUUGAGAAGUACGAAGGUUGUCUUCCUAUAGAAGUAAAGGCUGUUCCUGAGGGCAGUGUCAUUCCCAGAGGAAAUGUACUGUUCACUGUUGAAAACACUGAUCCAGACUGUUAUUGGCUCACAAACUGGAUUGAGACUAUUCUUGUUCAGUCAUGGUAUCCAAUCACAGUAGCCACAAACUCCAGAGAACAAAAGAAGAUCCUAGCAAAAUAUCUGCUAGAAACCUCAGGCAGUUUAGACGGUCUGGAAUACAAGCUACAUGAUUUUGGUUACAGAGGGGUCUCUUCACAAGAGACUGCAGGAAUAGGAGCCUCUGCACAUUUGGUGAACUUUAAAGGAACUGACACAGUAGCAGGAAUUGGUUUAAUUAAAAAAUACUAUGGAACAAAAGACCCUGUGCCAGGCUAUUCAGUACCAGCUGCUGAACACAGUACUAUAACAGCUUGGGGAAAAGACCAUGAAAAAGAUGCUUUUGAACACAUAGUGACACAAUUUUCUUCAGUGCCUGUAUCUGUGGUCAGUGACAGUUAUGACAUUUACAAUGCUUGCGAAAAAAUAUGGGGUGAAGAUUUAAGGCAAUUAAUUGAAUCAAGAAGUUCAGAAGCUCCACUGAUUAUUAGGCCAGAUUCAGGAAAUCCUCUUGACACCGUGCUAAAGGUUUUAGAAAUUCUAGGAGGGAAGUUCCCUAUUACAGAAAAUGAAAAAGGCUAUAAAGUGUUGCCUCCUUACCUCAGAAUUAUUCAAGGAGAUGGUGUAGAUAUCAAUACAUUGCAAGAGAUGGUGGAAGGAAUGAAACAAAAGAAAUGGAGUAUUGAAAAUAUUGCAUUUGGAUCUGGUGGAGCUUUAUUGCAGAAAUUAACUAGGGAUCUCUUGAAUUGCUCUUUCAAAUGCAGUUAUGUGGUGACCAAUGGCCUUGGGGUAAAUGUCUUUAAAGAUCCUGUAGCUGAUCCUAAUAAAAGGUCAAAAAAAGGCAGGUUAUCGUUACACAGGACACCAAAUGGAGACUUUGUUACACUAGAAGAAGGCAAGGGGGAUCUUGAGGAAUAUGGGCAGGAUCUCCUUCAUACGGUGUUUAAGAACGGCGCAGUAACAAAAUCUUACUCAUUUGAUGAAGUAAGAAAAAAUGCCAAGCUGAAGAAUAGUGAACUGACAAUGGCAUCUCACUAAAGUUUCAUUCCAUGUUUGUAUCUGUGUAACAAUUAUGUACUGCGUAGCUAAUGAUUUCUUGUACAGAUCUGUGUGUUUGUGUUUGCCACAUUAUAGCCAAAUUAUUUGUUGGUUUAUGGACAUCACUGCCCUCUUUCUUCUUUUCUUUUGCCAGUCUUUAGAAAAAAUGGAAUUGGGGAAAUACUUGCAGUGUAAAACAUGUGCUUCUAAGGGUCCUUUGCCAGUAGUGAUUCAAUGUGGUAUUGAUCUCAUUACUAAUGAGACAGAGCUGAGACUUUUUAUACAUAUAAAUAGAGAGAGAGAGAAACAUACCACAAACAGAUUUGCAUAAAAAUAUCAUUGCUUUAUGUUUAUAUUUAACUUGUAUUUUUGUACAAACAAGAUUGUGUAAAAUAUAUUUAAAAGGUUCAAUUAUUAUGUCUUUCCAACUUUUCGUGAUUUUUAUGAGCACAGACUUUCAAAGAAAUAUUUUGGGGUGGGGGAAUUCAUUGCCUUUUUGUCCAUUGAUCAGCAAAUAAAACAUGGUCUUAAGUUUUAUUGUGACAGCUGUACUAUUUGAGACUUUUAAUCAGAAUAGCUCCCUCAGAUCCCACAGAAGGAGGGACUUCACUGUUCAUUGUAGCUACCUGUCAUUUGACAGCUAAACAGCUGUUCUUGGUGAGGUACUGUAAAAAUAUAUAAACACACAGGCCUUGUUAGAGAGCAAGAGAUAUAAAUGGAAUGCCAAAUGUGGAAGGACCUCUUACUGCAACAAAGAUUGCCAAGUGGACCUCAGUAUUCUAAGAGCAAGGCUGCAGUUAGCCUGGAUAUAAGUCCCACUGAAAUCCAUGGGACUUAUUUCCAAGUAAACAUGCAGGAGGUCUGACCAUAGUGCUUCUAAGGGAUUUUCUUCCUCUACAGAACAUAUAUGUAAAAUAUUGACAGGUAUGGAAGUGAUGUAUUAAAGUAACUACACUUCUGGAUUCAUUUUUACAUAUAUUGUGACAGAUUUCAAAGCAAAAUACUGAUCUUAGUUGUGCACUUUUUUUACUUAUUUUGUAUUUUGAUCUUUGAUUUUGCCUUUUUGUCAGACUGGAUGUUGAACUGUGUAGACAUCUUAACUAUUUUUUGUUGAACAACUUUAAUAAAACAUUAUACUAGCCAAACUCCUUUUACAUUGGUAGCCUCCCCUAUAGGGGACACUAUGCAGAGGUUAACUAUUUUAAAUAUUAAGGUGAUGAAACGUACUCUUUUCAUGACUGCACUUGAUUCACUUUCUACACAUGCUUUGAAUUUAUUUCUAAAGAACAAGUUGGUUAAUGAAUGACUUGCAUGCUGUAUCAAGUUCUCAGGUGUACAGCCAUACUUCAGGAUGGUUGCUAGAAGACAUGGACCUGUUAGUCUUUCUAGAGGAAGCAACGUUAUUUUAGUUUGUUACCUCUGGUGAAGGAUAAAAUCUCUGAUCACUGUAUAGGUCGGUUAAACAUUGUCUGGGAAAUGGUCCAGAAGAGCUCUAACAAAAUGGAGAAAAUCAAGUUAAUAUACUUUUUUAAAAAGUUUGAAUAGCCAUAUUUUAAUAUUCCUGCUAUGAAACAUAUUUAAUUUCCCAGAUGUAGUAUUAAGCUACUUAGGCCGAGUCUCAACAAUCUAUUUUGUGUAACAAGGUUUACUGUAUUAUUGAAAGCAGUGGUUUGGUUUGUUCUCGGAACAGUGACUUUCAUACCUAGAAAUUUCCUUACCGUGAUAACUGCAGUUGGUUUGCCUUGGUCAGAAAAAUUCAAAAACUCUAUUUAAAGGUGAGCAAGACUUAAAACUCUUCCACAAUGUACUGAGGAAUGAACUUAUGAUAAGUAGUACAAGAAAUCUGGUAAGUUUCCCACUUAACUGAUAUUUUUAUACUUGAAGGUAAUGGAGAGGCACUCUUUUAUGCACCAUGAGUUCCCUGGACGUUUGGUUUCUAGGUAUUUCUGGGAGGGGCAGGUGUUUUUUUUUUUUAUUAAAACACUAAAUUUCCUCACUUAUACUAGUUGAAGGAUCCUGAGCUGUUACCAAGGUUUAGUGUUAAGACAGUUGAAAUCUGAAACACCAAGUAGUUUGGUGCUGGGUACAACUUUAUAGAGCUUGAACCUUAAAUAUCCUAAUUCUUCCAUGCAGAGACAAGCAGCAUUUUUGGGUUUGGUUUAAGCAAUUAAGUUUGUAGGGUUAGCUCCCAUCUCAUUAUAGUACAGUACUUGUAUUUAAAAAUGGCAAUUGGGAAGCUUUUUGUGUUUAAUUUAUUUAUAACCUGUAUUUAACAUAAGAAAUUAUUUUUAUGACUAUUUUUUUCUCAGAGGAAUGAUUAUGAAAUUGAUAUGAAAUCUUUUUAUAGCAAAGAAUCCAUCUUGGAAGAUUUGAGAUGUAUUUAUUGUUUGCCAAAAUUCAAACCAUAAACAGAAUUUUAUCUAGUUUUACAUUCCUUCUUAACCUGCUUAGCCAAGUAAGUAUUCUUCACCUAAAUCUUGUUUUAGUCAAAAUGUGCUUGGCAUCAAAGAGAAAUGUAAUAAACCAUGGAAAUAAAGUUUUAGU